AUCGAAGCCGUCGCAAUCGCCAAUCCAAUGCUAACCGUCGCCGUAAUGGGCCAUCGCUGAACAGAACAGAAUCGUAUAGUCAUAUUCAAGUCGUCGCCCGUCCGGAUGCCAACUCGAAUAUACGACAGGAGCCACAGAGCCCGUUUGUACAAAACAAAUCGCUGCAAGACGAAGACUAUAGCAUAGGUGAGUGCGGAUACAAUAACAACACACCAACAAUAGCUUCUUACUCUGGCUUUGCCCCAUUUUCGUUUGCUCAGGUAGCUGCAAACAUGUCUGGACCUGGCCGAUCUUCAAAUGCGACCAGUCGCGAUAUAACAUAUGAUGGAGACGGGGAAGCAGCUCCUACAGCGGACCAGGCAUCAUUCCAGGUAGUUGGUCCUCGCAGAUGCACACUGAAAGUGAGCAAAAAGAAAGCAAAGAAAUGGUCUCCAUUCGACCUUGGGAGUUCAGAAGGUGAAUUUGAUAUUGAUGAUACGCGGGCCGCUAUUCCUAUUACAGACAACCCAGUCCCCGAGCUUCCAACAAGCGUCCAAGAGACCUCUCACACUCCAAUCGCAGAAACUCAACAACAAACCAACCAACUUCAGGAAUUUUCUCCUACGCCCUCAGUAAUAUCUAGGGAGCGUCGUGAAUCCUUCUUUGGUAACUCCAAUACCAAAUGCAGUACCGCAACAGAUAUUGCAUUUAACGCAGCAUUUCCACAGGUGCGCAAUACACCAACGAAAUCCCCGCCGGAACGUUCAAUUAUUCACAAGGAGGACCCUGAAGAUACAAAGCUACGACUAGAAGAUAUUAUGGCGCGAAUUGAUGACGUCUUCGACGUGGAAGAAUGGGAUCCUGACUUGCCAACUGGAGGUUCCAACAAUUCACCUGAGCAACUUACUGCAGAGCCUCAGAAGGUCACUUACACCACUGUGGGAUCAGUUGCCAAAACUGACGCCGUUCCGACCUUUUCUCCCCCUAUUCGCAUUCAACGUGAGGGUUCUGGUCGUCGUUUAACUGUUCCUACGCCACGCGGAACUGAUAAUUACUACAACCGCAACCAGCAGCCUGGAAACAACUCCAGUCCCAGUUAUGGGCCCCCCACAAACAUGAAGAAUCUCAGAUUUUCACAGCAGCAAUAUGCACCCCCUCCUCCACUCAAUAUCGCGGGACUUGAAAACUUGUACUUGUCCGAUCUCGAAAAGGAGGUUUUGUUCAACACAAUGAACGAUAGUGCUGCUGGGUCCCCCCAAAAUGAACAACAGCAGGCUACCUCGGCACCGGAUGUGUCGCUCAACAAUGCACCCAGCGGAAAUUUCAGCGUCCAGAAAAUGCUUCAGGAAGAGGCGUCUGGACCUAGCACUCAUUUGACAGGCUCCUCAACCUUCGCUGGCCUCAAUAAGAUGCAAACCCUCCAAAGACUAGCUCAAUUUGAGAACCCAGCACAGGUGUUUGCAAAAGGCCGCCUUGCAGAAUUCAAAGCAGAGAAGAUGAAGCAACAGAUGUCUGAUCUGGCGGCUUCGAGUGCUAAAGCCGCCUCCCAGGCUCAAUCCUUUGAACAUGGCAAUAAAACUGGAAUGCAUCAGUUUGGCGAGACUGGAUCGGAUUCCUACAAGACUGCUAUCGUGAGCUAUGGCUCACAGUAUCCGGGCCCAGAGAAUGGUAAUCCUCUUCAGCCAGGCUACAAUUCAUUUGGCCGCGAGUACCCGAUGAAUGGAUACAGUUCAAAGCCCCAACUUCUUGCUCCGCCAGGUUAUCCCCAACCACUGACAGCCGGGCCUCCUCGACAAGGGCAAAAUUCAGUUGCCUUCAAUAGGCUUGCUUGGACCUCUGGGAGCAGCCAGCUUCCAGAUACCCCACAACAAUUCCAAUCUCCACCGGUCGAAAAGCAACACUCCCCAUGGAAUAACCAACCUCCACCGGUUGAAAAGCAAUACUCUCCAUGGAAUAACCAAUCCCCACAAGUCGAAAAACAAUACUCUCCAUGGAAUACCCAAUCUACACCGGCCGAAAACCAAUACUCUCCAUGGAAUACUCAAGCACCACAGGCCGAAAAGCAAUAUUCUCCAUGGAAUAACCAACCUCAGCCGGCUGAAAAGAAAUACUCUCCAUGGAAUAAUGCCAACGGAAGCUUCAACCAGCAAUCUCGGCCCUUCAGCUCCACCGGGCAAAAUCACAUUAGAGAUACGUUGUCACUUGAGGAGAUGUCCAAGUACUACCCCAACGGCUUUGGUCCCAACUUCCAUUAUAACGGUGAUAGCGAAGAGCUCGAUGAAGACACAAAGCUAUCCCUCCUGGGACUUGCAAAUGAAUCCUUGGAAGUUAAACAGCGUCGUAAGGCAGAGAAGCUUGAUGAGUGGUUCUACAGCGGCCCCAGCCGUUUAAAUAUGACAACCACUGAUCAUAUCCAGGAGCUUGAUAGCAGAGACAAGGGGAUUCUACCAUCAGCUCCACGUGCAAACAUGGCCAAUCGCGAAGUUCUCUCAGUGAAAGAGAUUAGAAACAAGACAGACUCGGAAUGUGGUGCUCCUCUCCUUGACAACCUCUUUGGGACCCUUGUGGCUUACUCCGAUGAUGUUGCGCAGCCAACAAACAGGCGCAUCAUGAGCAAAUUUAUGCAAUCUCCAGCUUGGGCUCUUGAUACUUCGGAGGAGGGCAAUAAGAGUAUCUUUGGCGAUGAUUGGGUGGCACCCCCAAAGCGUUUGGGAAGGGACCCUCGCUAUACCCGUUCCAAACUGAGCGAAAUGUGGGACUGAUGCUAACCACUUCUACCGACUUGUUUUUGGCGAUAGCAAUGCGUCGGAAUUCCCAGGGCGUCGGAUUACGAAGGCGCUAAUAUUGCUGAGGCUUUGGUGUUACUGGGUAGCUAUGACGGGGACGGCGCUAUGGAUCUUUCGGGUGGCUGCUAUGACACUUUUGAUGAUUAUGAAGAGAUACCAACCUGUUUUUUGCUUUAGUUUUGCUUUUCGCCGAUUUGUCAAGCUCGGCUUUUUGCUACUCUGGGAAUGGACAAGCUACGGGUAAAGAUAGGCAACAUUGCAC